AGGAAACUUCCGAAGAAUAUAUUUAACUUCACUAUCCGGUAUAUAAAUAACACUCUUCCGACUCGCAAAAACCUUCUGAAAUGGGGAAUAUCACCAACAUCCGAAUGUUCGUUUUGUUUGAAUCCAGAAUCACUUCUUCACGUCGUCGCUGGAUGCAAGACCUACCUAAAUGAAGGACGUUUCACGUGGCGUCAUGAUUCGGUGCUUAACUUCAUAGCAUCCAUACUUAAAUCUGUGAACCAUUGUAACCUUUAUGCUGACCUUCCUGGCUAUAUCAGUCCAUCUGUUAUCACCGGAGAUGAAUUGCGCCCUGAUCUUUUGAUAACACUUGAAAACAAAUGUAUUUAUAUACUUGAACUUACCGUCGGAUUUGAAUCUAGUCUCCUCACUAAUGCAACUCGAAAAAGACAAAAAUAUCAAGAUCUAAUUAACGAUCAGCUCAAAAAUUAUGAAAAAGUGAAAUUUGUAAAUUUAUCGAUUAGCUCAUUAGGAGUUUUCAGCCACCCGUCGCUAGAUUUCACCGAAAUGCUGAAGGAUCUAAAGUUUGAUGAACAAUGUAGAAAGUACUAUGUUCGGAAAAUUAUUAAUAUAUGUAUCAGGUCCUCGUAUUAUAUAUUCUGUAAGCGUAACAAAGAAUGGGAUAACCCACAACUGUCAUACUAA